UUAGAGAACACAACAUCGAAAGAAUUUAUCUGAGGUAAGAGUUCUCAUUAAUUCAAGCUACUCGUUUCCUUUGUUUUUUUUUCAUUUAGCCAACAUUACCCAUAAUACCAAUGGUUCGAUCACAAUCAUGGGAUUUAAGUACACUUAUAUUUGAUACAUGUUUCUACACUAUUCUUACAAUUAUUAUAUUGGGAAAAGUUGUGAUUAUAUAUCGAAUAUUUUGUAAAUUUUGUAAGUAUCUAUUAAGAAGGUUGAUUUUAAUUGAUACAACCAGUUCAAUGGAACCGGAGGAUUGGAAUAAAAUACAUAUUCAUAAUUAUACGUCGAAUACAGUAGAAUAUAUUCAACAAUCACCUGAAUCAUAUAAGCUUUUCACUGAAGAUUAUAAAGAAUUAUUAAAGAUAUUAAAUUUUAUUGAUGAAUAUAGUCGUGACUAAGGAAUGUUAACAACAGACGAAGCAAUUUUUGGCAUAGAAACUUUAAAACAAAAUUGUUCCAUGAUUCUCUUCGUACAUUUUUCAAAGAAGUAUCCUCCAAGUUCUAAUGUUAACUACUUUAAAUCUUAAUUAUUAUUCUCAAUACUAGUCAUAAUUUUUAACUGAAAUUACUACUUAAUACCAUAAGAGAAGUUUUGUGUAUGUGUGUAUAUCUUUGAUGUUCAAA